AUGACAAUUCCAAGUCUCAUCCCCCCACCCCCAUUUGAUGUGGACAAUGAUCCUCAGUCCACAGCCCAGCGUUGGGAGAAAUGGAUCAAGCGUCUCGACAUCUACCUGGAAGCAAUGGGGAUUGAGUCAGACAAACAGAGGAGGGCGAUACUCUUGCACACAAUAGGCAACCGCGCGUACGACGUGUUCUGUACGCUGGAAGAGACCGGCAAGAGCUACGCAGAGGCAAAGAAGAGCCUGAGUGAGAAGUUUGCUCCAGAAAUCAACGUUGAAUACCAAAAAUUUCUUUUCCGUCGCCUCGUACAGGCUGAUGGUGAAAGCAUAGACUGCUUCCACACAAAGCUCAGGCAAGCAGCCGAGCUAUGCAGGUUCCCAGAGGGCAGUGUCGAGUCCGAGAUCAAGUCUCAGUUGAUUUCCGGAUGCAGCUCCGCGAAGGUGAGAAGGAAAGGCCUCACAGAAGGAGACAUUUUGUUAAAGUCUCUUCUCAGCCAGGGUCGACUAGAAGAGGUUGCGUCGAAGCAAGCCGCGGGUAUGCUGAAGUCGAGAGAGGGUGCGAAUGCCGUUGUCGCCGAGGACGCGGAAGAAGAAGAAGACGUCCAGGCCGUACGCCCGCGUCAAACAUACCAGAAGAGGAGUGCUGUGCCAGCCGCAUCAGGUGCCGCGACGAGUGCCGCGCCGAGUCAGCGAAGAAAAUUGCAGUGCUACAGAUGUGGAAGAUUUGAAUUCCCACACGAAGGCGGUGUGUGCCCAGCGAAUGGUGUUGAGUGUAGGAAGUGUGGUAGAGUUGGGCAUUUUGCCAAGUGGUGUAGAGCAAAAGGGAACCCGAGUGAAAACGUGAAACAUGUUAGUGCUGCCCCUGACCAGCAUGAGGAGUAUGUGUUCAAAUGUGAAUCCGAGAGCGUAGUUCGGAAACCCGUGUUCAGUGUUAGUGUGAACGGUGUGCCAGUUUCAAUGGUUGCGGACACAGGAGCGUCAUGCACAAUGAUGAGUGAAGGGACAUUCGAGCUGCUGUCGCCCCGCCCGAAACUGAGAGACAGUGACAGAACUGUGAAUGCGUAUGGAAAGAACAAGUUGAAUGUUAUUGGUGUGUUUGAUUCAGAGCUGUCGAGCAACGGUGAAAGUGUCACUGAAAAGAUAUAUGUUGCAAAGCACGGCCAGACGUCGCUUCUGAGCUGUGAGGCUUCUCAGAAGCUUGGGUUGCUGAAGAUAAUAAAACCCGGAAGUGUCAGUCAAGUUGAGUCAGGGGGGCCGGUGGAUAAGUAUAUCCAGUCUCAUCCCGAGUUGUUCAGUGGUGUCGGUAGAAUGAAGGGCUACCAAGUAAAGUUACAUGUCAGGGAAGAUGUCAGCCCUGUGGCCCAGCCCCAUCGUAGAAUCCCGUAUCAUACGCGUGAGAAGUUAGAGAAAGAGGUGAAAAGGUUGGAAGAAUUGGACAUCAUAGAGAAAGUAGAUGGUCCAACCCCGUGGGUUACGCCAGUAGUUGUUGCGCCAAAACCGAAGAAUCCCGAUGAAGGCACGAUCGUUUGA